AUGAGUACCUUUAGAGUUCCAGACUUCCCGCCUCUUGCUUAUAAGCCAUAUAAUCCAAAUUCAAAUAAUGACGAUCGCAUACUAACAACUUCCGAAGAUUCUGAGUAUUCUGCAAGAAUCCAUAGCAGUCUUGACGACUUUAUAUAUUCUGAAGAAAUUACUGUUCACAAGUCUACGAAGAACUUUGAGCAAGUCACGCACGUAAAUUCCCAAAAGCAACUCGUAAGAGGUAAUUCUGUCAAAAAACCGCAACAGCUUGAUAAGCUUGAAUAUGCCAACAUUUAUAAUUCAAGAAAACCUAGUGCCUCUAAUGACGAUGUAUUAUCAUUAUAUUGUGAAGAAACUGUAUCUGAAAGGAAGCAUGAAGCACUUACACGAAUGAAUUCUCAAAGAAAGCUUGCAAGAGGUGAUUCUGCUAGAAAAUUACGACAGCUUGAUAAGAUCAGUUCCGAGAACGAUUAUGAUUCAAGUAUAGUUGAAAGAAGGCCAACUACAAUCUAUUCUGUAUCAAAUUCUGAAGCAUCCGAAGAAAUUACGCUUCAUAGGAAUGCAUCUUUAAGGAAACUUGAGGCAGUCACACGUGUAAAUUCUCAAAGAAAACUCGAAAGAGGUUAUUCUACUAGAAAAUUGAAACAGCUUGACAGUUUCGGCCCUGAAAACGAUUAUGAUUCAAGUGUAACUGGAGGACAACUAGUUACAAACUAUCCAUAUGAUACAUUUAAUUCUGAAGAAAUUGCAUUUAAUAGGAAUACCUCUCUAAGGAAACUUGGGACAGCAAAUUAUCAAAGAAAACUCGCAAGUGAUUCUUUCAAAGAAUUGCAACAACCUGAUCAGAAUAGAUCCACAAAUGCUCAUAAUUCAAUAAAACGACCGGUCACAGCCUAUGAACAAUUUCAAUC